UUCAUUUAUCUGCAGGAAUGAUUGCCGCUAUCAGUCUCGCGUUCACCGCCCGGCUGAGGAGGUGAAAGUUUCUCCCCAGGAAGAUAAACCGCAAAAGACAAUAUUGUGCAUGAUUUGCGCCUUUUUUUUGCAAAGCGAAAAAAAAAGGGCAAAAAAAAAAAAAAGAGCGAGAGAGAGAGAAAGGGAGAGGGAGAAGGACAGAGUGUGGGCAGCUCGAAGAGAAGAGAGAAAUCUCUCGGCCACUUUGCAACAUUCCUAUACCUAAAAAAUAACUGAAGGGAGCUGAUUUUUUUGUGUUUUUGUGUUUUUUGUUCUGUUUUUUGCCUUGUGUGUUGAUCUCUCUCCAUUCCUGAUACUUGCAGCCAGUUUCUUUUUUUCUUUUUUCUUUUUUUACCCCCUGGCCUCCCUCCCCACUUCAAACCUCCCCGAAAAGUCUCAUCAGAGAGACAGUGGGGUGUCUUGUGCCUGCCUGUGUUAGCCUAGUUUUCUUGAUUCUCUGCAGCUCAGAAGUCUCCCCACUUUUUGUUUCCUUUUCGGGGCGCCGAUGCCGACGGGGGCGUUUUUGACGUGGUUGCUUUGGUGGUGAUUGUCGCUGACUUUCCAGAGAGGAGGGUGGUUUUGCUGCUGCUGCUUCUGCUGCUUCUCCUCCGUGUUUGCUUGUUUGUUUCCCCCCCCUCCCCCGGGUUGCUGCACGGAGAGUGGGAAGAUGCUUCUGGAUGCUGGACCGCAGUAUCCCGCGAUAGGAGUCACUACCUUCGGAUCCUCUCGCCAUCACUCCACGGGCGAUGUCACGGACAGAGAAGUGGGGCUGGGGAUCAACCCCUUCGCCGACGGCAUGGGCGCCUUUAAAAUUAACCCCAGCACGCACGAGCUGGCCUCGGCCGGCCAGACCGCCUUCACCUCGCAGGCCCCCGGCUACGCGGCGGCGGCUCUGGGGCACCACCACCACCCGACCCAUGUCAGCUCCUACUCCAGCGCAGCCUUCAACUCCACCCGGGACUUUCUCUUCCGCAACCGGGGCUUUGGCGAGGCGGCGGCAGCCAGCGCCCAGCACAGCCUGUUCGCCUCGGCCGCGGGCAGCUUCGCCGGCCCCCACGGACACACUGAUGCCGCAGGACACAUACUUUUCCCGGGGCUUCACGAGCAAGCAGCCAGCCACGCUUCUCCCAACGUGGUGAACGGGCAGAUGCGUCUGGGCUUUUCCGGAGACAUGUACGGGAGACCAGAUCAGUACGGCCAGGUCACUAGCCCCCGCUCCGAGCACUAUGCCUCCACUCAGCUCCACGGCUACGGCCAUAUGAACAUGAACAUGGCAGCCCACCAUGGAGCAGGGGCCUUCUUUCGCUACAUGAGACAGCCCAUCAAGCAGGAACUCAUCUGUAAGUGGAUUGAGCCCGAGCAAUUGUCAAACCCCAAAAAGUCCUGCAACAAAACUUUCAGCACAAUGCACGAGCUGGUGACUCAUGUCACCGUGGAGCACGUUGGAGGACCCGAGCAGUCCAAUCACAUAUGUUUCUGGGAAGAGUGUCCAAGAGAGGGGAAACCUUUCAAGGCCAAAUAUAAACUUGUAAAUCACAUCAGAGUCCACACAGGUGAAAAACCCUUCCCCUGCCCUUUUCCUGGCUGUGGGAAAGUGUUUGCCAGAUCAGAAAACCUCAAAAUACACAAAAGAACUCACACAGGUGAAAAACCCUUUAAGUGUGAAUUCGAGGGCUGUGACAGGCGCUUUGCAAAUAGCAGCGACCGCAAAAAGCAUAUGCAUGUGCACACUUCUGACAAACCCUAUCUCUGCAAAAUGUGCGAUAAGUCCUACACUCACCCAAGUUCCCUCAGAAAACACAUGAAGGUCCAUGAGUCAUCCUCCCAGGGGUCCCAGCCUUCUCCCGCCGCCAGCUCAGGCUAUGAAUCCUCAACGCCCCCAACAAUCGUGUCUCCAUCUACAGAAAACCAGACCACAAGCUCCUUAUCCCCCUCCUCUUCAGCAGUCCAUCACACGUCCAGCCACAGCACGCUUACAUCAAAUUUUAACGAAUGGUACGUUUAAAACAAAACAACCAACCAACAAACAAAAACCCUAUUUAAAAAAGACUCCAAAAUUAAUGAACACUUCGAACGCAAAAUAAGUACAUACAUAAAUAAAAAAAAGCUGCCAGUAGACCCAGGACCGAAUAAAAUGAAGAAUCAUUUUCUGUUUUGUUUUGUUUUUGUUCCAAGGCUUGGUAGGCAAAGGGGUUAGUAGAAUGCAUGAGAGGACAAGGUUACUAGGCCAAAUGCCAAACGUGUAGGGCUGUGCUGGAACCACUGAUUAGAGGUCUCAAACUGCAUGUCUCCUUGGGCAGCGGCUUUUUAAAAUGUAAAUAGAGAAUUAUUAGCUUAAAAUGUAACUGUUUGAUUUUGUAAAUAGUCAUAUCGCAAGUUGAAUAAGGGGAUAUGUGGAACUGUGGUCUUUGAAAAUAGG